GGCUGGAGGGUGGGAGAAAGAUUCCAGGAGGCUGGACCCAGGGACGUUCCCAAAUGCCACCCAUCCUCUCAAGACCUGGGAGGAGGGUCCCGCGGCAAGGAGGGGACCAGGUUGCGACGUGUUGCAGUCUCGAAGUCUCUGGCUGUAAAUGGGGGUGGAGCAGGAGCCCGCGCGGCGUCGGGGGCCGAGGCCCGGGGGAUGUGUCCCCCUGCGGCGCUGAGCUGGCUCCGCGUCCAGGCGCCGCUGCAGGACUGGGGCGAGGAGACGGAGGACGGCGCCGUGUACAGCGUCUCUCUGCGGCGCCAGCGCAGUCAGCGAUCGAGUCCCGGGGAGGGGUCCGGGGGCAGCCAGGUCCCCACCCCCGCUGCCCACACCUUCCUCCAUUACCGCACCAGCAAGGUGCGGGCGCUGAGGGCGGCCCGGCUGGAGCGUCUGCUGGGAGAGCUGGUGUCCGGAGACCGCGAGCAGGACCCGGGCUUCCUACCUGCCUUCCUGGCCACUCACCGGGCCUUCGUGCCCACGGCCCGCGUGCUGGGCUGUCUGCUGCCGCCGCCGCCGCCGCCCCCACCUCCGGGGGCAGAGAUUAUGAAGACAGAAGAACAAGAUUUGAGCUUCAACAAGAACUUGAGGGCUGUGGUGUCCUUGCUGGGCUCCUGGUUGCAGGACCACCCUCAGGAUUUUCGAGACCCUCCUGCUCACUCAGAUCUGAGAAGUGUCCAGAUAUUUCUGGGUUGGGCGGCCCCAGGUGGAGCUGAGGCCCUGGAGGCAGAGAAACUUCUGGAAAAUUUCUUGGAAGACACUGAGCAAGAGAAGGAAGAAGAGGAGCAGCCCCAGUCAUGGGCAGGGCCUCCCAGAGCUGCCCAAACUCCUGACCCGGUCUCCCCCGAGGGCUGCGCGGAAGAGGACCAAGGGCUCAGUCAGGAGGGCCCCGAGCUCCUGGACUUCAGUGUGGACGAGGUAGCCGAGCAGCUGACGCUGAUGGACGUGGAGCUCUUCUCGCGCGUGCGGCCCUACGAGUGCCUGGGCUCCGUGUGGUCGCAGCGAGACCGGCCCGGGGCCGCAGGCACCGCCCCUACUGUGCGCGCCACCGUGGCCCAGUUCAACACAGUGACAGGCUGCGUGCUGGGCUCGGGACCCAGGACGCCCGGCCUGGCUGCCCAGCAGAGGGCGCAGCGGCCGGAGAAGUGGAUCCGCAUCGCGCAGCGCUGCCGAGAACUGCGCAACUUCUCGUCCCUGCGCGCCAUUCUGUCGGCGCUGCAGUCCAGCCCCAUCUACCGGCUCAAGCGCAGCUGGGGGGCCGUGGGCCGGGAGCCCUUGUCCACCUUCAGGAAGCUGUCGCAGAUCUUUUCCGAUGAGAACAACCAUCUCAGCAGCAGGGAGAUUCUCUCCCAGGAGGAAGCCACCGAGGGACCCCAAGAGGGAGUCAGCCCCCCAGGAAGCCUGCCCCCAACCUCACCCCCAGGCCCCAUCCCGUAUCUGGGCACCUUCCUCACUGACCUGAUUAUGUUGGACACAGCCCUGCCGGACACAGUGGAGGGGGAUCUCAUCAACUUUGAGAAGAGGAGAAAGGAAUGGGAGAUCCUAGCCCGGAUUCAGCAGCUACAGAGGCGCUGUCGGAGUUACUGCCUGAGCCCCCACCCACCCGUCCUGGCUGCCCUGCGUGCUCAGCGCCAGCUCAGUGAGGAGCAGAGCUACCGCAUGUCCCGUGUCAUCGAGCCGCCAGCCGCCUCCUGCCCCAGCUCCCCACGCAUCCGGCGGCGCAUCAGCCUCACCAAGCGCCUCAGUGCGAAGUUGUCCCGAGAGAAAAGCUCAUCCCCUGGUGGGAGUCCUGGGGACCCCUCCUCACCCACCUCCAGUCUAUCCCUGGGAUCUCCCCCACCCAGUCCUCGAGCCAAGGACCCUCCUCCUGGAAGUCCCCCAGCCUCUCCAGGGCCCCAGGGCCCCAACACCAAGCUGCCCCUGAGUCCGGAUCCGCCAGGCUCCCAGUCCCCAGCCUCACCUCCGAGCAGCUCUCACAUCCUGGUCCCCGGCCAGCAGAGCUCCGAGGCCCGCAUCAUCCGUGUCAGCAUUGACAACGACCACGGGAACCUGUACCGGAGCAUCCUGCUCACCAGCCAGGACAAAGCUCCCGGCGUGGUGCUACGAGCCUUGCAGAAACACAACGUGGCCCAGUCCUGGGUCCGGGACUACCAGCUCUUCCAAGUCCUUCCUGGGGACAGGGAGCUCCUGAUUCCAGACAACGCCAAUGUCUUCUAUGCAAUGAGUCCAGUCGCCCCCGGGGACUUCGUCCUUCGCAGGAAGGCGGCGGCCCAGCACACGCCCGCACUGUCUCCAACAUGAGGUGGCCCCCUUCUCCCUCCAGGACAGAGGCUUCAUGGGCAGCCAGGAUAUCUCCCACCCCAAGAAAGGCUGCAGCGUUCUGUAUCCCAUGCCUGCCCUGACCCCGGCUUUAGCCCACCGGAGCCCAUCUCUCCAACCUUGGCACUGAACCUCCAUUCCAAAGACUUCAGCUGCCAGGGUAACUGGUAGAAAGCUCCAUCUCAUAACACAGAAGGUGGGGCAUAGAGGGGGGUCAGACCUCUCCCCGGAAAACCCUCGGAGCUGUUGGCAAUGCAUCAGAACCGAGAGCUGUGGAUGAAAUGGUGGCAAAGGUUCAACUAGGAGCCACUCGUGUUGAUUUCACGCCUGUGCGUCAUAUUCGUUCUUUAUUCACUUUUAAAAAUGUGCCUUCCAGCAGUUGCUGUAAUGGCUAUGUUGCUGGACUCC